AAAGAAUUCGAGAGGUGUAAACAACCUUAACAAUUGUCUUCGCGCCUUCGCUUUUAUAAAUUAUUGGUUGCAGUAGAAUUAGCGGCGUUUAAAGCCUGCCAAGGUUCGCCUGAGAAGCCGCUUUUGGCGAUUUUCCGUUGCUUCCUGCUCGGUAUAAAACACGCAUUAGUUGAAGGUUUCGGGCAUUUCGUUCCGGCUUCUUUAGCUGCUAGUGGCUUGUUUGUUCCGUGGAGGUUUUAAAAAAAUAAAAUGGUAAUGAAAAACUCCCUAAACACUCUCCUCAACGCGCCCACUUGCGCACAACUGCGCACCAUCCGGAGGAACAUCAAUGAGGAAUGCGAGGACAAGUUAAGACACAAUGAACGCCACAUGCAGCAAUGGAUCAGCUAUCAGAGGCAUUUUCCUCAAAAGAUCGAUGCCAAGCUGGUUCGCAAUGUCCUCAGAGCCAAUAAGCACGUGCUGGACAGGACGAAGCGGAAGCUGGAGCAGCAACUAGCCGCCCGACACAUUUAUCCAGAGUUUUUCCAAAACCGCUCCCCGUUUUCCCAGGAAAUCGAACAGGCGAUGAGCGUGGUAAACAUUGCCUACAUGCCCUCAAUGACUCAGAACGGGGAGCGAAUUGCCGUGUUUUCCCUCAACCGGUUCGAGGCAGCGCAAUUCAACAGUGUCCAUGUGAUCAAACUAGUGCUGAUGAUAUUCGACUUGGUUCUGAGUUCGGAGCACAUCUACGCGGGCGACAUCGCCAUUUUUGAUGGGGCGCACUUUUCCGCCGCCCACGUCGCCCAGUACUUGGGCCCACACUUCAACACCAUCAUGACCAUCCUUAAGGAGGCCUACUCGAUCCGACUGAAGGAAAUUCAUGUCAUCAAUGCGCCCAGUUUGCUUGUGAACAUGUUGGCCAUCAUCAAGCCGCUUCUACAUCCAAAUCUUCGACGUUCGAUCCACAUCCACGAAAACCCCAGCCAGAUUCUGGACAUUUUCGGCGCCCAGAACCUGCCCUCCAACUAUGGCGGCCAGUUGCGAACGCUCAGAAAAAUGGCCACCGAUUGGUACGACGCAGUGAGCGACCACGCCGACUGGUUCCAGGCUCAGGAGAGUGUCCAGAUCAGCACGGUGCCUCAGAAAACCAGAAGCCAGCUACAUUCUCCCGAUCAGAUGGGCCUGGAGGGCAGCUUCAGACAAUUGAACAUUGACUAGCACCCGAACUAACCACCAGAGCCGAUGCGAACUGGACACCGACUGGCUUGAUUGAAUUUCCGGAACUCAGCUUAAAACUGCUCGGGCUGAUGUUCUUGAGGCGCUCUUGGAAACUUCAUGGAAGCAAUAAAGACCAAAUGCACCUUCA